AUCACAAUAUGAUGCUGCAUUGUACAACGGCUAUGCACAUAACAUCUGCGGCCAGUGUAGUCGUCAGCUCUCGCUCGUUGAUAGGCCAGGAUGAGACUUAUAUUACAAAAAAAGGAUGGAGAGAGACAAGUGCCUGGUAUCGCACACUUGUCUCUCUCGCGUGUAUAAGGCUGAGGGACGAACGCCUAGUAUCGCACACUCGUCCCUCUAGCGCGUUGUCGAUCUUCUUGUCGUCCGUGUUGAGGCUGCCAAGUGUCGCUGUCGAGCCACGAGCUGGAUCCGACGAGCGAGUAAGCCUCCAAGGCAGGCCGCAUGCGGCGGAGCACUUGUCGCAGGCAGAUACUCUUCGUUCGCUGCAGAUACCUCGUCUGGAGUUAUCCGUCGCUGAUAGGUUGCAAAGCUACCUCCGGGCUCCAGUGUUCAUAGGCAAAGCAAGAUCCAGAGGCGGUUGUUGUCUUCUUGCUGACCAGCUUCUCGUCUGAACGACCGAGCGCGCCUCAACUUGAC